GCCGAAAAUGGCAGCCUUCCAGCAACCGCCUAAUGCCACGCUCCCGCACUCUCUGUGCACGCAUCCAUCGGGCGCAUUUGUUUCUGCCUGAGGAAGCUUUGUCUCUUGCGCGCUUCGGCUGUCAUCCUCUCUCGUCGUCGCUGAGGUCCCUUGACCCCUGCAAGCUUACUCUGGAUUCUAUUACCUUCCAUCCUUCUUCGCCUUGCAUCGUUGCAUCCCUGCUUCUCAAGCCUCCAUCUCACCUCGAUCUUCGUUCAGCAAGGACUUUGAUAUUGUCUCGGCAAAAGUUCCGCUCUGCCUCUCAAAUCAGCACCAGUGAAACUUCGAGCACAUCUGCUGUCACCGACGACGAUUCACCUUACGCCUCCGCGACGGACACAGAACUUACGGAUCUAGAACGUGCUUCGUCAAGGUACCGAAAAGCCAAACGGGGAAAGACUAGCAUCAAUGCCAGUGUCCAAGCAGGUCCUACAAAUUGUCCUCCGCCAUCCGCCAAGGAUGUGUGCGUGUUGACUGUGGAACAGCUGCAUCGUGCUCGCUAUGAAGACCCGGCUGAUGAUACCGACGAGGAUCUUGCUAAUGUGCCAGAGGAUUAUGGAAAGUCUUCCAAUACCAAGAUUCAGAAACUUCGGCUGAAGAACCGCUGGGCGCGAUACUGUCGGGUGAAUGCAAUCAAACCGUCGGCCGAUCCGAAGUGGGAGGAUGCAGAAGAAGCCUUACAGCAGGCAACACCGAACGAUAUGCAUCGGUUCCUCAAUUUUUGUCUCAAGUUAAAGUACAAUUCCGACGGUCGCCGUCUCAAGGGCUACAAAAAGGCGAGCGCUAUUCAAGCGGACUGGAAGUAUUUCCGGGUCUACUACACACGAGUCACCAAACAUGAGAUGAGCGAGGAGAUGGGUGAGGCCGUUCGCACGGGUUUGAAACACUUGAUUGAUAAACACGGACUUGAUAAACAGCCGCGGGAGAAUGUUCCAGUCUAUAUUGAAGAUAUGGUUCCCUUAAACGAAACCAUUCUCCAGACCCGCGAAAAGCGAUUUCACCUAGGGUUCCAGAGGAUAAGUCUAUGCCUUUACAAUGUCAUAGGACUGUUUACCGUCAACCGGAAACAUGCAGUCCUAAGCCUGCAGUUCAAACACCUCCAGAUCACUCUUCAGCGAGAUCCACACGGAGGACCUCCUGUGCCAAUGAUCGAACUCAAACCUGAAAUUUUAAAGAACCUUGGGAUGGCAAAACUGUAUGGAGCUCAUCGUUUCGAAUAUCCCUCACAUGCUCAUAUCCAGUUUCUUCUGCAUAGUAACACAUUUGCUUUACCUGAAAUUGUAUACGGUGUAUCGCUUGUUUUCAGUCCACACGUUUUGAUUUUCAGCAUCUUGUUUUAUGCCCGUGCUUUUGAGGCGCCAGACUUGAAGUCAAUGGAUGACCUUCGGAGGCUUCUGGUUGAGGAUGACCGACAGGAAAUGCCACUCCCUCUGAAGCCCGAAAUGGACAACUACUAUGUCUUCCCAAGAGUUGACUUGGUUAAUGGUCAGCCUAAAAUUCUCUGGGAGACUCCGCUGAACGGCAACAAGCUGCAUGGCCAGCUUCGGAGUCUGAGUGAGAUCCAUGGGUUUCUCAAUCCGUUCUUCUCCCAUCAGUUUCGGUAUGGAGGCGGGCAGCUGCUUGACGAAAGCGGAUUCGUCAGUGAGGCUCAACGGAAUGUGAUCAUGUUGCACGCGAGUAGUAAAACCUUUGUCCAACACUACCGUCCGCGCAGACAUGCUGGAUUGCAAGAAAUCAUGUGUGGCCUAAAUCCUGACGUGGAGUUUUCCCGAGCGGUGACACGGAUGAGUCGCUGGAUCGACAAGCGCCGCCCUCGAUACCUUAGCGAGUUAGACCGGGCAUUGGUAGAGAAGGAUCCGGUGCUCCAGGCAGCUGUCCGAUGGCAGGCUGAUUUGGAAAUUCAGCGCAAUCGCUCUGAAGAUUCGGCGAAAAAACAACGAAAGCAAUUACGCCGAGAUUUCAGCCGGAAACAGGCAGUGAUCGAUAUUCAAAGGCAGCUUAGUGGUGGUGCAGUGAAUGACGAGCCCGCGCGCGAGAUCUUACGGCAGGAGUUCGCAAUGCCCCCGGAACAAAUCCUACUCAUUGAGACCUUCUUCACGUGGCCUACUUCGGAUUCACUAGAGGACGAAUGGAUGAGGCGUAAUCAAGCCGUUGCAGCUGCAAUCCAGUAUUGUGGGUUUCCUGAAGGUGGCCCACUUCGGGGAAGGCCGAAGCGCCCUGCACCGGCUGAGGAUGAGGAGUGCAUUGCUCGACCACCGGCUCGCAAACAGAAGUCCGAGGUUCGUCCGAGUAUAUCAGCCUGGGAAGAGCAAUCCGCCGCCCUGGAUGAACAAAUAAAGGAAGAUUUGAAGCCUCAGGUGUGUUUUCAGUGCCGCAAGAAAUACUCCGACCACUACGGGCUGAGGAGACACUUCAAGAUGUCUCAUUUGCAGGACCGCAAAAUGCAACUUCUGUGA